AUGCGGAACCGUCUUCCCGCUCUUUCGCCCAUUGUUCCACCGGUUCCGGAUGUUUUACCUGUCGCAACAACAUCCCUCACAACGCAACUUAAUUUUUCUUUUUCGCGGUAUUUGCCAAUUUGGCCAUACUUCUCCCUCACUUCAACGCAGCACCUGACGCGUAAGUUCUGGAUCUUUUUAAUGAGCUUCAUUUUUAUUCUUGAAUGUUCGGUAAAAAGCCAGUUCUGCUGUAAAGGUAUUGAAUUGGCUUUAAAUUAUAUUUUUCCUGUAUUUAUUCGUAUUUUUCUUCAUACUUUGUCCUCUAACAUGUCUUUAUAUAACCAGUUCGCUUUUCUUACUUUAUACGAAUUAACUUUCAUCUACCAUUUUUUUUAACACCGUCUUCGAAAAGCAUAUUUUUCAAAGAGCACAUUUUUUCUUAAAAGCAUUUUUUUUCCACUGUGCAUCUGUUCUGCAAUUUCUUUGCGACUUUAAAUUAGCUACAGAAGGUUUUUUUCAAGUCCAAAUCUUACAAAGUAUAGUCAAAACAGAAAAAGAUGAGAAAACUUCCAUUUCCGCGUUGUUUCUGAAGAGAAUUUUUUUCCCGAUGUCUGUAUUUAUGUACAUUGUAUUUCCCACUGAUGCUCAAGUUUCACUGCUUGAAAAGCCCCUCUUCUGUCGUCGUUUAUUGUCUUCCUCUCGGCCACUCAACUCCCCAAUCAACCUUGAGUUCUUUUCGGAAGCCGCUCGAACUUUGAUGUUCAAGAGAUUUCAGGACGAAUGAAAUACAAAAAGAAGACGAAAUGACGACUUCCACCAAAAUGACUGGUCGAAAAAUUCUUCGCCGUUUUUCUUCCAGCAUUUCGGGUACGUUUUUGUUAUGGAUACAUUUAUUUAAACUUCUUAUACUUAUUUUAAACAUCGCUUUUAUUCUACAAAGAGGCAUAAAAAAAUUUAUUUUUUUCUUAUUAUUCUUUUUGAUUUUUUUACAAAGUUCUACAAUGUUAUUUUAUACAAUCUUCUUCUGAGAUGGCAAACUUAUCGAUCUCUUAAAAAUAUGCUAAAACUCUCUACAUAUAAAGCAUCAUGUGUACACGUUCCGACAAAGGCAAACACUUGAGUGGUUCGACGUUUUAUGGUUAACAUGAACCAUCUUGAAGUUUAGUCGGGAACUGCUUCCAAUAGGAAAUAACGAAAAGGAAAAAUGCUUUUCCAAAAAAUGAUUGUUUCAGAUCUUCUGAGCCUACAGAAGCGCGAAGUCACUGGCGAUUUGGAAUGGUAGCGGAUUCAUUUUUUCUCAAAAACUAUUUAUUUUUUCAGUUCAACAUCACUUCAUUCCGCUGUACAAAUGGGGAACUCGGUGAUGGUGGCUGACAUCCUCGCAGCAAAGACCGUUUGGGUUGACGAAGAGGACAACAAAGGUCAGGAUGAAAGAAGAUUUUGACAUCUGAAGGAUCAGCGCUUUGCGCCGCGCAUUGUUUUUGAACUUACUAUACGUCUAAAUACAAAUUGAGCCGUUUGCUUCAAUAUUUUUAAUGUGAUUGCGGAAGUCGUUUUUGGUCGGGUGCGUUGGAAAAAGAGGGCACUAUGCAUUCGGCCGUCGUAGUAUGACUUCAAGCUGACUUCAAAAUUAAAGAGUGAAGAUUUUUCUGAUGAUGUAAUGAAUAAUUUUUUCUAUCUUCACUACAAAUUCCGAGUUUUUUUUUGGUUAUAGCUGCUCCUAAAAAAAAUGGAAAAGCGUUUUAUUAGGAAAAUUGACCUUUUGAUAGUAUUGCCCCUAUCAAGGAAGCAGAAAAGCCUUUUUCUAUGCACCAAAAACGACAAGAAACUGAAUUUUCUCUACUUUAAUCGUUCGAAAUAUCAUUUUCAGGAAAAACAGCCCUUCAUUACGCGAUGGAGCAAAGUUGUUCGGAUAUAGCCGCCUCACUUCUGAAAGGCGGUGCAAACGUUGAUUGUGUCGAUUACGAAGGUGUCUCUCCUUGUCAUAUAGCGUGCAAAGAAGGAAUGCUGGAUAAUGUAAUUGUCUUUAAGGAUAAAGAAAAACCGAGAAAAUACUUCAGUUUGAUCUUCUGUUCUAUCGCCACGCCGACAUUUGUGCGAUCGACAAAUCUGGGAAGACGCCUUUCGAUUUGGCUUGCGAGUACGGACAAGAAAAGGUUUCAUUUUGAAGGGCAAUCUCGUUUUUGAAAAAUACCUUUUUUGAUUAGGGCAUUUUUUCUCGAAUGUGUCUCUUUCAGAUGCUUGAGAAGCUGAUCGCAAGUUGUAAUCCACGGGAAACUUUGAUAAAGUCAGGAGAGACUCACACGGCGUCGGCAUUACAUUUGGCUGCGAAAAAUGGACAUGUUCAUGUGAGUGAAUCAAAAAAACUUAGAAAGCCUUUUUCAACAAAUAUUUAGCUACUACUGACCAUUUUUGAAAAGGUCAAAGAAGGUUGAGAUCAAAGUUUAGCUCUGAUUUUUUUGACGAAAAAGUUCCUCAUGAUAGUUUUUGAAUAUUCAGAAGUUUCUGCCUGUGUCUUGCGGAAUAUAUUUUGUAUCCAUCUUCUCUUUAAAAACUUAUAGUUUUUCUGGAGCUUCAGCACUUUUCUGAAAUCGUUCACUCUUCCCAAAAGUUUGAACAAAAAUAUCUGUGUUUUUAUUCGGCUUCAAAAAGGUAUAGUUGAUGUAUUUAUAGAAACCAUUGACUUGAAAAAAACAGUUGAUUUUUCUUCAUUUUUCAUUUUUUUCAGAUUGUUUCUCGUCUUUUGCAUUACGGCUGGUACAUCGAUAGAGUAACAUCUAUGGGAUCCGCUUUACAUGCGGCUGCUGGAAAUGGAAAAGCUCAAGUUGUCCGAUUCUUGAUUUACGUAUGUUUUUGAUUGAGUUUUUCUGGAAAAAAAUAUUCGAGAGAGAAGGUGAUUCAAAAGUUUGUAAUGGAUUCAGAAAAAUUCGCAAUUUUUUAAACUCCAAAUUCAAUUAAUUUUCUCUGGAGUUCUGCACUUGAGCGCUUUCAAUAUGAAACAUGUAUGCUUAAUGAAAAUAAGUUCAUGGUUUUAGAAUGUAAAGAACCUCAAAAUGUUCAGUGAAAUUUUUCUUGGAGGUUUUGGAAACCAUCUGAAGUUGCAAGCCUUUUGUGGCCAUCUGAAAAGUCUAUUAAUUCAGGCGGGCAUAAACACUUCGUUGCCUAACUCGGCUGGGAACACCGCCUAUGAAUACGCCAAAAAGCAAGCGACUCGGAAUCCGAUCACGUUCAAAGAGAUUCGCUUCCUACUCAAAGGUUCUUCUGCUUUUUGAACGGCGUUUCAUCAUCUUUACGCUGCGAUUAAUCAGCCGGCACUAUGAAACGAUGCAUCAAAAUAAUCCAGUGAUCAAUCCCCCCAGUCGAAUUUGUGACAUAUGUGCUGCAAGUGCGAAGGAAUCUCGGUUCCAAUCCGAUCCAGUUAAGACGCGUGCCAUGUGCAGAGUAGGAACGAAUUACAACACGGUCUCAAUCUCAUCGGGUGGAGUGGCGCGUGAACGGCGCCACUGUGCGGCUAACCCGGUUUUCUAUGUUUUUUCGCAUUAAGAUAACUGAGAUUUCCGUUUUGAAUUUGGGGAGUUAUUAACUUAUUAUUACUGUUUCUGUUUUUUCAGAGAUUCCAAUCCACGAAAAGUUGUUUAAAAAGUUUAGCAUCUCCAAAGAAAAUCACAAAAAUCGUUAAAAAAAUAUUUCUGCUGUGAAAAUGAUUUCAUACAACUCUGUCAACCAUAGGAAACAGCGAUAAAUCAAUGUCUAAAUUUAUUUUUUGAUCAGAUGGUUUUCAAACCAUACGUGAGAUACGCCAAAAGAGGAAUUUGAACUUUGACGAAGAAUGCGUUUUUUUUUGUCUGGACUGGCUGACUCAAGUCUUACCAUUUUUCCUCUCCUUGUUCUUCCUUUUUUUGAAUUUUUCGUCUUUCUUGUGAAACAAAAAAACUUCUUUUUGCUACUUUAUAUUCAAUUUCAUAUGAAACGAUUUCCGGUUUCAUUUCAGGGCUAUUUUUUUCAAAUGAAAUCUCGCUUUAGAAGAGGUCCAUAGAAAAGAAAUAUUUUUUUCAGUUUCAAAAAUGAGGAUUUUCAUGAUUUCGAUGGGAAAUUUUUCCACGGCUGCUACAAUUUUUUUCCUUUUUCGCAAAAAGUUUCUUAUUUAGAAUAUUUUCAAGACUAAAAAAUUAUACUAUCAUUUUUCAAGUUGUAUUUCAUAUAAACGCUGUCAUGCUUCACUGAAAUGCUUAGAAUAACCAUGCCUGCCAAUCCGGUUUUGCAGCCCCUGCCUCCGUCUUUGUUAGGGUCGAAAGAGUCGUAUAUCAUAUACGGUGAUUAUCGCCAGGUUUAAUAGGCCUCGUUCAAUCGUUAGUAACGGCUGGAAAUAGGGUAAUUAUUUUGCACUAACCAUUAUCACAGAGGUCAGAGGCGUUGCUCAUGUCCCCCAUGUGAUAACCUUCUAUCUUGAGAAGUUAUUGAAUAUCAACUUUUAUUAAUAAAUCAAUUUUUUUAUGUCAUUUUGACGGUUUUCUCGACAUUACUCCCCGAUUCCGAGUUUACGUGAGCCACUUUUUGUUGGAUGGAUAAAAAAACGCUCGCUUGCUGUGACGAAAAAAAUUUCAAAGUUGAGUAAUUUUUUUCCGAGUUACGAAGACUAAAAUAAUCGAUUUUUCUCGAUUUUAAAAAUAAGAUACAGUUAACAUAGAAGAAAAUGUCCCUAACCAUUAAUUUUUGGUACCCGUUUUCUAUCAUCUGAAACUUUUGAAAUUUUUAAAAAUUUUCAUUUAAACAUCGAAGAGCGGGGUGAAAAAACAUUCAGUACAAAAAUAAGCCACGCCCACUUUGCAUUUUAUUUCUCAGCUUUGUAGCAUUGAACUGUUUCAUCAAAUUCAUCUACACUUUUGAAAGAUUAUCUCAGCGAAAGAAAGGUGUUACAAUCUAGAAUUUAAAAAAACGCAUUGUCAGACUUUUCUGAACAUCUUCAUUAAACACUUUUUGCGUAAAAGUUGGGAAUCUUUUUCCGAAAAAAUUCCAACAGAUUACAAGUUGAUUGAGUAAGUUUCAGAACUCUUAAUCUUUCGAGAGACACAAACUUUUCGAUCUCGAAAACCAGGUCGUCGAAAUGCGGCAGGCAUCUGACUGUCAGAGUAGAUCAGAUUGCGGUUGCACGGCACAUCGAUCUCGCUCACGGUCACUUUUUUCCGUCAAUCCUGCGGCCCAUCCAUUCCAUGUUGCGUCCAUUUACGCUAAGUUGCCUGUCCUUGCACCUCCGCGUUUCCUCCGUUGUCUUCCGUGCGGUUAUCAGCAAUUCCGCCCAUUGCACCUUUACUUCGUUUCUUAUUACUGUUCAUAUUUACGGGUUCGUUAAAGUGUUUCUUUCGUUUGAAUGGUGUUAUACUUCGUUUUAAUCUUCGUUGAAUGCUAAAAACAUAAUGAGUUCUUUUUAAAUGAGAAAAAGGCUCUGAUUUGUGAUUAUCAGCUUGAUUUCCGUCAUUACUAUUAGCUGAUUCACGGCUGGCUUGAGCCAUCGAUAAAUGGGUCCUGACACGGAAAGAAAAAAGACAUUGUCUGGCUGGUGGAGAACGCAGACAGGCCGCGCUCCCAAGCUAGCUGUGAAUUGAAUAUAGAAAAAAGUAUGACAGUAUGGGUUUAUUGUUAGAAUGCAAUAGAAAAUCAAACCAACUGCAGAAAAUGUCUUUACUGAUACAAUCAGAAUAAGAUUGUGGAACCAAAAAUAUCUUAUAUUUUAUUCCAUUCGAGCCAGUUCGAUUUCAAGAUCACAAUUAAAUCCCCACUUGCUUUUUUUAAACUUUUUGCAAAUUUUUUUGAUUUUUUUACCACUCAAUGAGAAAAAAAUCAUUUUCGAUAUUUUUACAAUUUUUUUAUCAUCUUAUCAGUGUAUCUUUCGAUUAAAUUUUUUUACAUAGUUUUUUUCUGAGAAGAUUUACGAUGAAUUUCUUCGGAAAGCCCAAGAGAAGUUCAAUCACGGGCAAAGUCCAAAAGCUCACAAAAAGGACUUUUUGAAAAAAAGGCCUCAAAAGCUUUUUUUUUCUAGAUUUUUUUCCAGAGAAGGACCUUUGGUGGAGUGGAAAAACGGGAUUUCGAAAAAUUUUUGACACCUCUUUAGGGAACUCAAAAAGGAGCUUUAAGUCCUUUUUUAACGCCUUUUCGAGGUCGUUCGGCCUUUGCCACUGAUUGUACUUUGUUAGCGAUAGAUUACUGUUUUGAAAGCGCUUGAAAAAGAAUUUGCACAUCCUCGACCUCAAACUCAACCUCAACGCGAUCAUCUCGGCAGCCUCAUUAAUUUGCGCUAAACGAGAGCUUAUCGCGCGACAAACUCGAAUCCACCCUCAUCGGCCAGAUUUCCGCAGUGCAUUUUCAGCCGUUUUCUGGCACUCAAGCGUCCUCAUUGUCUUGUUCCGCAUAUUGGCGCUCCCACGGCUCGACGCGUGCCAACUCUUCCGGUCCCCACUAUUUCCCGCCAAUCGUCGCUUAUGUGUUUAUUUUGAGUGAGAUCCAAGCAGUCGCAUCCUCACUUUCAUCUUUUUUUCUGCGUUUUGGUGAAUCACUGGGUGCUUUUUGCAGCUUUGAGGCUGGACUGGAGUUAGUUUUUAGAAAUAUCUUCAAGAUUUACUCUGAAUUAUUUUCAAAGUUCUCUUGUUUUUUUUAUUUCAGUAAAUGGCAGUAGAUAUUUUGAAUGGAUUUCCAGUUUUAUUAAAAAGUUGACAUUUUUCGAAUUUUCAAAAAAAAAAAUGCUAUAUUGAUCGUUUUAUCAAGUUUUAAAAUUUUUUCAAUUGAAGGUUAUGUGAAAAAAGUUAGACCGUUUUUAUCCUCACCUCAAUGAAGCGAAAAAUUUUUCAAGAGCCCAAAAAAAAAGUUGGAUUCAUAAGGCGUCUUUAGAAUUGAGAAAAUACCGAUGAUUUUCUCAGAAAUAAGGAAACUCAUAAAAUUCAAGAAUUUUUUUUCGAUCAAACGGUGUAUAUAUCAAUUCGAAUUCCUGAAUUCUAAAACCCUCAUCUCCCCCUCCAAUUCAACUUCUGAUAGUAUCAAACCUCCCACCCUCCCCCUCCCCCAAUCUAAGCCCCCUGUCAAAAUUUUUUCCAGCAUUUCCUGAUUUAUUCACGAAAGUUGCUUCUUUUAAGAAAGAAACACUCAAAAAGAUUUUUGAAAAAAAGCGCAGUACAAGGCUUCUCACAACGGAGUUCAAAAGCCAGCAGUAACGAGAACGGAUAUGGUCAAGUGUUCCGUUUUCUGCUCGCGACUCCUAAAUCAUCUCUGAUUGAACCCGUUCCCAUUUGUUGUCCGGAAGCUCCGACUUUUCUGAGCCGCCGUGUGGACUCAAAAAGGAUCUCAGAUAGUUUUUUCUUCGCUUUUUGCUUCUCGUAACGCAAAAAUGUCAUGCUCGAUCAUAUCGCCCACGACGUUAACUGCCCCCAUCGACGUCCGAUUCCUAUGUGGAACUGGUUCUUUCAGCACGCCCACGUGAUAUCUCCUGCCUGCCGUGUUUUAUGCAAAUUCGAUGUGGCACAAAAUGGCUUCAGCCGCUGUUUCUAAGGGGAUUUUAGUUGGUGUCGGUCGGGUCUUAAGCUUCUCAUUUGCGACGCCAUGAUUAUUUUAUAGGAUUAAUGUGUGAGAAUUUGGUUUUUUUCCCAGAUUUUUUAGCUUUCAUAUGACUUUUCGGCUCACGCCUUGAAAAAGUGCGGAGCUAUGGAUAGAUAAACUUUUUUCCAAAAAAUCAAUUACGAUAUAGCAAAUUAAUUUUCUCUCAUAUCUGAAGCUUUUUAUCGAGAUUUAUUUUUAGAAGACGUAGAAGAAAAAAUCUUUUCCCCAACAGAGUUGAGCUUUAUGAGAUUACAAAAAGAGUUGAGGAAAAUAGAAAAAAAAAUUGUCAGAUUCUCAGAGACUAAGUUUUUCUUCUUUUAAGGCUCGAUCUGAACUUAUUUUCACUUUAAUGCACUAAGAAAUAAAUAUAGUUUUUUUGAGGAUUGUAGACUCCUCCACUAAUUUUUGUGCUGAAAUUGGUCUAAAAAGUAUUUUUUGAAAAUUUUAAAGGUACAGCACUCGAUUUAAAAAUUGACAAAUCGGCUUAAUUUUCAUGAGGUGGUUUAGUUUCAUGAUUUUUUUAAAUUCUCAAAUAUCAUAAAAAAAUCAUUUUUUUCAAUCGAAAGAUGAAUGGAACCCCAUGAUCAAUCAAUCAAUCAGUAAAAAUUGAUCUAAAACUCGAUAAAAAUUUUUUUCCAAAAUACGAUUUUUACGUAGCAAAGCAGCUGGAUCUCUUUCGUUUUGCGAUUAUGCAUCACUUCCGUUCUGGUACCACUUCCUCUACGUUUUACAAUAGCGGUGGGUGAAGUGCAUCUCGAGAAGCGAUGCAUGACGGGAGGUCAGCCGGACAAAUGAGGGCCCUAACAGAAUACUCCCUUCCUAUAUGGUUCUAGUGGCGCCUGCGCAAAUAGUUAGGAGGUUUCACACCUACCGGUCUUUCGGCCUUGUCAUUGCGCCAUCCGUCCUGUUUUGCGUAAUAUUUUGUUGACUUUUUGGAACUAGCUUUUUCCAGUUCUUUUUCUUUUUUUUUUAGAAUGAUCGAACUAUUGAGAUAAAAAUAUAUUAUUUUGGAAGAGACAUCGAAUUCUUUAAAAUCUCUUUCUCUAGGAGUCGAAAGCGUAUUAUGGUUUCAUCGCUUAAGUAUUUGAAAAAUCACUAAUUUUUUAAAAAGUCAAAAAGCGAUCCAAAGUUCAUUUUCAAACCAAGUAAAACUGGCGUCUGGAUUUCCGGCUUUUUAAGGCUUAAAACUGUUUCUUGAGUCUAUAAAACUUUAUAAAUUGUUAGGUUCUCCAUACUUUUUUUUCUGAAUCGUCCUUUUCGAAAUUCAAUGAACACAUUUUUCCUUCAUCAUUGAUUUUUUGAAGCAAUAGAAAUCGAAUUUAAUUUCCUUUUACAGAGAAAAAACCUUUUCAUUAAAUUCAAGAAUAAAAGUCCAAAAAAUCGAAAACUUUUCAUAGAAACUCGAGUUUUGAUAAGUUGGUCUACCAAGCCGUUUACCCUUACUGAAUGAGUUACGCCCUGGUCAUUCCCCUUCUAUGGUCCUAACCAAGCCUAUUCCAACUUGCAUUCACCUUACAAUAAUAUCGGUUCUCUCACAACAAUCUUUUUCCCAUGACUCAGAAUAUUUUUUUACUGGAAGGCUGAGCUUCAGCGUUAAUUGAGGGUCUUUUAGAUCGAUGAUGGUCAUUUUUGGUGCUUUUCUAAUCCUUCUGUGUCCAACGGAUUAGAAGCGCAUCUCGGCGCAUGUUUGUGUGGGUCAGGCUGUUGACCAACGGGAACGCCUUUGUUUUGGCCCUUUGAUUUUUUAUCUUGAAAAAAUUCGGAUCGCUUUCAUGGUGAUGGCGUGCUUUUUUUUGAUGGAAAUUAAAUUUUUUGGACUUUUUUCGCUUUUAUUUUUAGGUGAUUCCGUUGAAAAUUCGACACCUUUCUGAUUUGAAAUUGAUCUUCCAUUUUUUUUUUAGGUCCAUCAUAGGUUAUUUUUUGGAUGACUAUGGUUUUUCUUUUCGAAAUCCGAAAGAUCUGCAAAUUUUUGCAGCUGAGGAAAAAAAAAACAUUGCGCAACUUGGUCCACUGCACACGUGCAAUUUUUUUCUCAUAAGGGAUUCUCCAGAAUGUGUUACGCAAUUCUUAAAACAGCCCGGUUUUUUGGGUUCAGAUACUGAGAAAAAAAUGUUCCGUUUCUUGUUUUACUGUGAAAGAACGCUCGGUUCAAGAAUAUAGCUUUUUUAAUUUUUCUGGCGGAAAUAUUCCAAUUAUUAAAACUGACAACAAUACCUUUUGAUAUGAAGAAGUUCCCAGAAUGAUUUUUUGUAACGUUUCGUUUGCAAUAAAAAACUUUUUCGAGGCUUUUUUUAGCAGCUCCUGCUUAAUCCUAUUUUUUGUUUUUAAUCAUACUUUUUUCAAAGUUGGUGUCUUAGUUACAAGUGAUUGGCUCUGAAAUCAUCAAAUUGAGCUUUUUUGGGGUUGCAACCAACUAAACUUCAAAAUUUCACGGAUAAAAAGCAUUACUAAGCCAAAAAGAUUGAAUGCCUAAAUUAAAGCUUUCAAAUAAAAAGACACAAAUGUUUCAAUAAUCUCAAUAUGCCAUCUUCAAGCUCAUUUUUGACCACUUUUCUAACUUUCCCUAAUAAUGAAAAAUGUCCUGAGUUGGUUAUAUUACAGUAGUUGACAAAUAUGUAUAGAUGAAAACCUUCUCAAAACAAGGUACGCUUCUUGAUUUACGCAGUUUUCGUUUGGCAGUUAUUUAUGUUGAGCCCACUUUCGGUGCGAGAAACCUUUGGAAACGAUGGCAAUUUGCAGGGAGCAAGAGCUUCGUGCAUGCCAAGGCGAUCCGCGAGCACUGCGGCGUGAAGGCGGACGAGCUCUCAUUCUCCGUCGGCGAUUAUAUCUGGGUAUGUUUUCAUUUCUCUCUUCUAAUUUAAAUUCUUCCAAUUUUUUUGCUUGCAGAAGGUUUAGCGUUGAUUCUUGAAAUCCUCUCAAAGUUGGCAAAAAGAAUUUUUUUAUUCCGUUUUGAAAAUCUCAAUUCGAAAUGAAUCUUGAACAAAGUUUCUGAAGUUGUCUAACGGAAAGAAAAAAAUUCCGGAAAUCAUCUUUGUCUAGCUUCAAAAAAAGGCAUAUAUGAUAAUAAACAAAAAAAUCAUGAUUUUUUUCGAACUUUUCUCUUUCUUUUCCCCUGUAAAAGCGAUUGCUGUCCAUUCCCACAUACAAAUUAGAUUAUAAUUGAAGAAUGGGAAAGAGUCAUGACUUUUUUUCGCUCUAUGGCCGUCAAUAUAAAAAAAGACAUAAGCUCCCUGAUAUUUCACUUUUCUCUAUCCAAGGAACAGAACUUUUUCUGAGGUCUACCACAAAAUGGUAUGUUUGGACGAUAUCUCUAUAUCUUUACCUUUACAGCCGAGUUUGUUAUGAUAUUAGUUUUUUUGAGCUUUUUUUCAUUUUUUUAAAUUUGAUAAAAAAACCGAAAUAUUAUUGCAAUCCCCAGUUUUGAAUUUUUUGUAUUUUUAAAGCCUUUCACAGUUUUUAUUUCAAUUUUUGUUCAAGAAAUCAAUCCGUUUUAUUGAUCAAAAACGUUUCUUCUUGAAAAAUUUUAUCACCAAUAAUGUUUAAGAAUCGUCAUAAAAUGAAAAAAGCUAUAAGCCGAUGGAAAUGGUUUUCUAUUCUUGCCCAAUCGUAGAAGUUCACGGUUGGCCGCUCGCUUUUCGAACCGGAAAGAAAGGGUCGCCCGUUUCAGAUUUUUAUUCAGCUUUUUUUUCCUGAGGUAUUCGUGAAUUUCACUCCGAGUUCCAUUUUUGAGUUUGAAGAACAAGUCGAAAAACUCAUAUUUCCAAAAAAAAUUUUUUGUUUCAUAUAUUAUUCGUCACAAAUUAAAACGAUUAGUCGUGUCUUUUUUGUAAUGAUGUGGUGUUAACGUUUUUUUUUAUUAGUUUCAUGCUCUAAAAAAUUUCAAAAAGUGGCGGUUUUGGUGCAAUUUUUUUCACACCCUAGAACACUUCGGACCUUUUUUGAGCGUUCCACAACAAUUUUUCAGACCUUCAUGGCCUUUUCUGUUUACAUACGUGUUUUACAAUGAGCAAGGUUGAUAUGAAACUGAUAUCAAGCCAUCUAGCAAACGUCAAUAACUUUCCGCUUAAUGAGAAAAAAGUGAUCAAACAGAACUGUCAGUUCGCUCUUUCCCAGGUUCCAAUCACUUUGCGUAGACCUACUGGCUUUGAUCAUAUCGUUUCCAAUUUUAUUGACUUUGAAAUGUGUGAACACUGGCGGAAGUGGCCAAACAGCGACUGGAACAGCAAACGGCUGGGGUUAGCGAACGGGAACGAGGCGCAGAAAAAACAAAAAAAAAAUGGAAAAGCGAAGAAAAUCCGCAAUCAGUGAGUACUCUUCAGGUGGUGGAGCGACCGGGCGAAGGCCGUUGGAAGGGAAUCGUUUUCGGACAGAAAGGCAACUCUCGCUGUGGUUGGUUCCAAGCUAACACGGUCGACAUCGUCGACCCACCGGACAGACGUCAGUUUUUUUUUUCAAUUAAAAAAAGUCAGAUUAUUGCAAAUCUCUGAAAGUCAGUUACCUGUUUUUCGAUGAAGAUUUGAAUGGUUUUUUUGAUAGACUUCUAAUUAAUUAUUUUUUUGAAGCAACUCAUGGGUUACUUAUUGAUUUUUAUGUUAUCAUUGAAAAUCAAUUGUAUUUUUGAACUUGAAUUUAAUAAAUUAGGGGCAAAGGAAGUUUGACAAAACCUCAAAAAUUUUUGAAGUGAAGUUUUUUUCGGAGUAAUUUUUCAAAUGGAAAUCUAAUUUUUUUAUUCAAAAAAAUCUGAUGAAAUUUAUAAGAAGUUCAUUCUUUUCAGAAAACUCGAAUCGGACCGGGGGGUCUAUGAAAGUUUAAAAAAAGCGCAGAUCAAAAAAAUUUACAAUCAAAAAUCGUCACCCUUUAAACUUACCAAACGUGUCAUAUGAUGAAUAAUUUGCCUACUCGAGUCCGAAAAAUGUUUUAAAGAACUUUUCAGUUUCUACAAAUUGGCUCCAAUUUUCAGUCUGAUUUUCUUAACUUUCUACUCUUUCAGAGAAAUAUUUUCCAAACCUUGGCUAUAUUCUAUCCGCGAAUAUCGAGCGUUUUUCGACUCGAAUGACCUCCGGAGUAGAUGACAAUUAAUGGAUAAUUAGCCCAUAGCCGUUAGGUUGGACGGCUGGGUGCGGUUUACAGUCACUUAACUCCAUUUUCCUAUCUUUCUUUUUUUCUUUUUUUAUUCACUUUCCGAGUUUCUCUUCUUCUUAGAGUGAAGAUAAAGCUUUUUUUACUAGUUUUUACAAGUUUUUGGUAAAAAAAUGAUAUUUCAAAAAUUGCUUAUUUUUAAACCGAAUAUCUCUGCAAAUCCAACCCCUUUCUUUAAAUUUGCUGUCGAUUCCAAAAUCCGCUUGUUUUUGUUUUGUAACAAGUGCAAAUAACAAUAAUUAGGUUUGGCAUCCAAAAAUGGGAUCUGUGCCCAAUUUCCAUUAGUGCCUCAUGAAUAGAAAAGCGAUGAUGUCAAAUAAUCCCAUCAGAAAAGGGCGUCGAAUUUGUAAACGAAAUCCUGGUCGCCGGGCAUAACAUCCAUUGCAUUUGGACGUGCCUUACGGUUUAUUAUUCGGCCGCAACAACACUCACUCAUCUGACCUACAGACGUCGCAUCGCCACACAUAGUUAUGCAAUGGUCGAGAUGCUCAUUGUGUGUCUGGUUAGGCGGUGGAAACUGGCCUUUUUUCAGGAAUUUUGUCUUUUUCCUCUGAAGGAUCGCUCAAUCAUCCAUUUUUUUGCAAUAUAUUAAGAUAUUUGUAUUUCUUCUUUCAGGAUUCAUUUUUGAAUUUUUUUUGUGAAAGCUUUUUCUAGGAUUCUAUUGAUCAGAAUGCUAGGGAUCUCAGGAAAAUUAGGGUAAAUCACACGAAUUAUUUUCGACUAGUGUUAGAAAGAUCAAACUCAAUUUAUUUUUGAACUAAAACGAUUACACGCCCUUCAGAAGCUCCCAGUUAUUAAAAAUCCAGUUAUUUACUUCCCCCUCUUUUUUUAGACUUCAACGAUUUAAAAAAAUUCAAAAAUUUAUUGAAUGAAUCUUUAACACAAACUUCUCAGAAACUGAUAAGUUGAUCAAAUUCAAGAAAAUCAACUGAAAAACCAGUGAUUUUUUAAGAAGAACCUUAGAUUAACUGUAAUUUUGCACCUUUUUUGCAACAAAUUUUUGUGAGUGCGUCCAAUUUCUAUGUUGUCUGGCUAAACUUAAAUAAAGAAGAAUUUUCUUCAAGCAAGAAAACAUUAGUCCAGCUUUUUUAGAACCAAUUUUCGUCGAUUUUCCGCGUUUUUAACUGCUGUCAGACUCGAUUUCUUGAGCUGACAAGUAGAUGACUAUUUCCAGGUGCAGUUAAUCCCACCGCGAUUUCUGUACCUGUCCAAGUAUUGACUGUAUUUGGAUGACUUCGUACGCCUCCAUAAUGAAUUUGUCGGAGGCUGACGUGUCAUGACGAGAUGCACGGUCUGACACAGUUGUUGUGGCAGCGGAAUGGCGAGGCGCCGGCCGGGCAGAUGUCCCUCCGCAUUGUUCUUCUCACCGGCCUUGGAUCGUUGCAUCGGACCCGGCACGCCGUCCUCCGGCUAGCGUCUUCUUCGAUUUCGCGCAUACCUUUCUUUUUCCCGCUUCUUUUGGCUUUGUAA